UCCAUUUUACAAUUGGAUAGUUUGUUUCUUCUCUAGGUGUGGCCGGGAACGACAAAGAAGUUAAUCUAAGAGAAAAAAGAAGGAUUGUAGCGAUGGCGCAUCAAGGGGAACCGACAAAGCUGCGGUGGGGCGAGCUGGAGGAGGACGACGGCGAGGAUCUGGACUUCCUCCUACCGCCGCGACAGGUCAUAGGGCCCGACGACAAUGGGAUAAAGAAGGUGAUUGAAUACAAGUUCGACGAGGACGGCAACAAGGUGAAGAUAACAACCACCACGCGCACUCGAAAGCUCGCCAAUGCGCGUCUCAGCAAACGCGCCGUCGAGCGUCGCUCCUGGCCCAAGUUCGGUGACGCCGUCCACGAAGAAGUCGGCAGCCGCCUCACCAUGGUAUCCACCGAAGAGAUCCUCCUCGAACGCCCCAAGCCCCUUGGAUCCAAAACGGAGGAGCCGAAGACUGGUGGAGACCCCUUGGCUCAAUUCCAGAAAGGUGCUGUUCUGAUGGUGUGUAGGACUUGUGGGAAGAAGGGUGAUCACUGGACCUCAAGGUGUCCAUACAAGGAUCUCGCCCCGCCAUCUGAGGGAUUCGUGGAUAAGCCUGCAACAUUAGAUGCUGCAGCGGCAACAGGUGGCGCAACCAAGGGAGCCUACGUGCCUCCUGGUAUGAGGGCAGGGGCUGAGAGGAGUAGUGGAUCUGAUAUGCGGCGAAGGAAUGAUGAGAACUCUGUGAGGGUAACCAACCUCUCUGAAGACACAAGAGAACCAGAUUUGCUGGAGCUGUUCCGUCCUUUUGGUCCUGUAAGCAGAGUUUAUGUUGCCAUUGAUCAAAAGACUAGCAUGAGCAGGGGCUUUGGUUUUGUCAACUUUGUGAACAGGGAAGAUGCACAAAGAGCUAUCAACAAACUUAAUGGGUAUGGUUACGAUAAUCUGAUACUUAGAGUUGAAUGGGCAACCCCCAGAGCAAACUAGAUGUUUUGUGCUUUUGCCCCUUCUGUUAUAAAUGGUGUUCUGAAUGUCCAUCUAUUUUUGUAGUCCAAGUCAUGUAAUUGUACUUGUUUCCUUUGAGAUGAUUUAGCAUUUAAAAUUAUACCCUUAAGAUCUUAA